AUGACUACAACUACAGCAACUACAGAGCACAAAGUCGACUUCCUCAUAACAGAGGAAGAACUCGGAAUUAAACCGCUUCCCGAAGUACACCAAGACUCCCAUAAUACCCUCUCCCGCCGCCUCAGCCGACCUACGCUACCUCCCUCCCUUCCAUCUCAAACCCCCUCCGCCAGAUGGACUCGAUCCGAAGGUUUCUGGCGCUCCUUCAUCGCCAUAUGCAUCCCGCUUCUCCUCUCCGCUCUCGAAGGGACUGUGACCAAUACCGCUCUCCCCACCAUCUCCGAGGCCUUGGAUCUCGGCACAAAGUUCUCCUGGGUCGCCACGGCGUUUCUCCUCGCGAGCACCAUCUUCCAACCCCUGUAUUCCCAGUUUGGAGACAUGUGGGGGAGGAAGAUACCUAUGAUGGCUGCUGUAGCCGUUUUUGCUGUGGGUUCUGCAAUUUGCGGUGGUGCGCAGAAUGGUGCUGUGCUCAUUGCUGGACGCAUUGUUCAGGGUUUGGGGACCGGUGGCAUUGAUCUGUUUGCUGAGAUGGUUCUUUGUGACAUCGUCCCGUUGAGGAAGAGAGGUCCGUACUUGGCUAUCAAGCAUGUUGCUUUCGCUAUUGGCACCACGCUCGGUCCACUGUUGGGAGGUGUUUUUGCGGAGCAUGGCUGGAGAUGGUGUUUCCUCAUCAACAUACCUGUCUGCGCCAUCUCGUUGGUAGUCAUCUGGCUGUGGUUGAAGGUCGGUGGUGGCAUCAACACUGCCGAGGUAUCCCUCAAGGAAGAGUUGAAAAGGGUGGAUUAUGUAGGAAGUGGUAUGCUCACUGGCUCCAUUCUCAUGCUCCUCGUCGCACUCAGUACAGGUGGCGCACCAAAAGCCUGGUCUCACGUCGCUGUUGUCAUACCCAUGGUCUUCGGUAUCCUCGGUCUUAUCGGAUUUGGCUUCUGGGAACGCUGCUCCUACUGCAAAUACCCCAUCAUGCCGCCCCAUGUCUUCUCAAACCGCACCACUAAUAUUACCUUUACACUCACCGCAAUGCAUGGCUUCAUAACCUAUGGCUUCCAAUUCUACCUACCGCCCUUCUUCCAAGCCGUCAAGGGUUCCUCGCCGACUCAAUCCGGUCUAGAAGUCAUGCCCGCCACCCUCGUCGUUGUCAUCCUAGCAGCAAUCGGUGGCCCCUUACUGAGCUUCUGGGGCAAGUACAAGCCCAUGCACAUCGCCGGCUUCGCCUUAAUGACCCUCGGCCUAAGUCUCUGCACACUCCUCAACGCCAAGUCCUCAAUCGGCGUCUGGCUAUCCCUCCAACUUGUCACCGCAGCAGGUCUAGGUAUAGUAAUCAGCACCAUGCUGCCCGCUGUCCAAGUCAAACUCCCCGAGUCCACAACUGGCGCGAGCGCAGGCUCCUGGGCUUUUCUCCGUGGCACGGGUUCACUCUUCGGCGUCGCGAUCCCUGGUGCGGUCUUCAACAUACGUUUCGCCUCCUUGCUCCCCACCAUCUCUUCUGAAUCUGCCCGCGCUAGAUUGUCCAACGGCCAAGCCUACCAACGCGCAACUGCUUCUUUCAUCGCCACGCAGGCCACCUCGCUUACCAUCAAGGCUGAGAUCAUAAGCGCCUUCACCCAGAGUCUCAAGUGCGUGUGGAUGGUUUUUGCUAUACUUGCUGGCAUGGGCUUUUGUCUGACGUGGUGGGAGAAGCAGUACAAAAUGCGCAAAGAACUUAAUACGGCGUAUGGGCUUAAGCCGAGGAAGGUGGGUGGUAGUGCGAAGACGAGCUCUGAUGGGCUGGAUACGGGUGUUGCUACGCCUGUAGAUGUUGAUGAGGAGGAAAUUGGCAAGACGGUGGGAACAAUGGGAGAGGAUUUUGGGUGUGCAAUCGAGGUCGAUGGUGAUGUCUAG